AUGCAGAGACGACGGACGUACUCGCUGCCUUCAGCGAGGCGAGAUCACGAAUGCAACGAUUCUGAACUGCGACUCGACCGAAUUCUCACCCAUCUCUCAUUCCUUAGAAUUCACAUCGAUAACAUAGUCCUUCCGCAAGAAAAUGAGCUCAUAGAGCGAUUAUACCGAGAGGGAGCGUUGUACGGGUUUAACCUUGAGUAUCAGUUUCCAUGUCUGGAAAGUGUUUCGAAGUCGCUGAGGGCCUCAGUUCGAAUACCAGCUAAAAGCUUUACAAUGACGGAUAUCCAGUUUCGGCAUAAAAGAGUAGUCCUACUUCACAUGAAUACGGAUAUAAUUCCAUUCUGGAACCGAGAACACCUUAAGAUGCGUCUGCAUAUUCAGCUGAAUACUCGUGGAAAGUUUUCGACGCGGCUGCUUGCCCAAUGUACUGUACCGCUAGCUGAGCUUCUCAUUCCGCCGUUUUGCAUUUGUCGUGACUUCAACUUCAUCGCUACGAAAGGAAUGACUUUCGAAGGAUCUUCACUUAUUCGCAUUGAUUUGGGAAGUCGUGAUAAGAAAUUGAUGGAGAAGCUUAACAAUUUAAGGGAUCCUUUGUUGGAAUCUACUUAUGUAGUGCAUGGCGUAAGCACCGAAAAGCAUCCUGGAACUCGCUCGACAAGUAGUUCGCAGUCUCUGCCAAGUGAAAAUAGACCACCUUCCAGGCACAUUCCACCUCAUAGAGUCACUUCCAAGCCUGGUGCUGUACCAUUUCACGAGAGAAUCCCAUCGAAUCUCACGGAUUUCUCGGAUUCGGUUUUUGAGGACCACCUCGCUACCAAACAUCCAGUUAUACAUAGUACCGGUAGGGAAUUUCGACCUGCUGUAAGAUCAGACACAUCCUCAACUGCUAGAGAAAGGGAAAGAGCGAGCCCGCUCAAAAAAUGUCUAGUCCAACUAACAGUCCAUGAGGCGAGAGGCCUCCCUGCAGUUCAAGAUGAGAGAAACCGGUACAUAUCUCCGAAUACGUACAUUUCUGUCUUGGGAAGAGACGGAGAGUUGAGGUCUUCAAUAUGUGAGCGAUCAAGGCGCCCACUAUGGAACUGGUCUGCACGAUUUUACGUUUCCGGAGAACGACGUAAUCUCCUUGUGAAGGUCUUUCAUCGAGAUAAUGAUGGUGAUAAGUUACUCGGAUUCGUAUCAAUCCCAUUGCCUGUUGAGGAGGCACGGAGGGUCGACUAUGAGAUGGUGGAUCUUUCUGGAAGAGCAGGUGCAAAUGGAGAGGUGCCAGUUUUGACGAUGUCCAUGGAAACAAUUGAUCAGAACAUGAGCAGACCGCCAAGUUCGUAUACUGAUGGGCUGUCUCCCAGCCCAAGAAUAACGCCACCACAUCUCCGUUCGUCCUCCACUUCGUCAAUCUCCGAAAUAUCAGCUCGUGAUCAGCGAACGAUUAUUACAGCUACACGUGAAGAACUGGCCGAAAAAUUGAGGAGGAACCUCGCCGACCUGGAUCGACUAAUGAAAAAUAUCAAAGAAUGA